AUGAAGUUUUCUGGAAUUAUCGCUGCCGCCUCAGUGCUUGUUGCUGGUGCUGUUGCACAAAGUACAUUUGACUUGUCUUCUUUGAAUGGUUCCUGGGCGAUCGGUGGUUUAGAUAGCACAUUGCUUGUCAAGAUCAAGGCAUUGACUCAAAUCUACAACAUGACAGUAGAUUGUCCUCAAGUCUACAUUACUGGUAACACAAGCAACACUGCCUAUGUUCGACCCUCUAUUGAAUUCGGUUGGUACAAUGCCAAAACUCAAUCCACUCAAAAGACCAACAUUUCCUUGAGUGGUUUGAUCACUCUCGUUAAUACCACUGACAACAGUAGUGCCAACUUUGAUGUUCAGUUGUCCCUUCCUUCUAUUGCUAGAGGUCUUGUUGCUAGCCAGGUUCAUAUGCUCGAUAGUGCCUUAUCUGGUGGCAACUCCAGCGAUCCUUUACCUCAUGGCACUGAUUAUGAGGCCAGCCUCUUUAUCAAGUUCGUCUCUAGCAAGAACGAUGGUGUCAACGACGUUUUAUUGGCUUCUGCCUCUAACUUCACUGCUGUUGCUCCUAGUGAUGAAGGCGCUUCCAGCUUUGUCCGUCGUGAUGAAGCUUCUGAGGUUCCCUAUCAACUUCUCUUGGUCAAUGGUAGUAAUACACUGGACGAAACUGCUUUCCAAAACAUCACUUCUUCUUUGAAUAGCGAGACUUCCCUCACCAAGUUGAAUGAUACCUGCUCCGCUCAAGUUUAG